AAACAUGAUUUAACUGCUUUGUGGGGAGCUGUCAUAACUAAUCUAUAUAUGUACUGUCUACUGUAACGAGAGUAAUUUCACUAACUUUAUUGCAUGAUCAUUAAACUAUUUUUACUGAUUAUCGUCUAUCCGCUUUGUUUAUUGUAACAGAAAUGAAUAGUUUUGGCGUGGGGUUGUACUUUCUGACGAUGCUAUGGUGCGUUACUUUGGUUCUCUGCUGGGUUUCGGUGCGUACAGGACACAGCAUCGGGAAGAUAGCUCUACUCGUAUCUUCUUUGGUUACAUUGAUUUUGGUGUGUUUGCCAAAAGGCGAGUCGCAUAGUACGGACAGUGCCAAUUUUUACGACAAGUUGUAUGUGCCCCGAUAUGUGAUUCUGGUAUUUCUGUGCAUUAGUGCGGUUUUUGGCGGUCUAUUCGCUUUAGUUCAUGUUUGUGUAACGCCCAUUGAAACGCGUAAAGUAAGGAGUUUCUAAUAGUCUGCUUUGUCAAAAUGUCCAAUGCAAUAAGUCAAGGGUUGCGGUCGCCCAUCAAAUGUCUAGCCAGCCUAAGGAGAGCUGUGCCUAUAUCUACAUCACUUGUACACAAUGAGACUAUACUAGUUAAGAAUAAUGACGAGUUUGUUAAUAAGGUAAUGAACAGUGAUAAGCCAGUUAUAGUGAACUUCCACGCGGAUUGGUGUGAGCCCUGCAAGAUCCUGACACCAAAGCUCAAGGAACUGAUUGAGCCAUUAAAUAACUUGAAUCUGGCUGUUGUGGAUGUAGAGGAUCAUGCUGAUCUGGUGCAUACGUUUGAGGUAAAAGCAGUGCCAGCAGUAAUAGCAAUAAAAAACGGUAUAAUAGUGGACAAAUUCAUAGGCUUGGUUGAUGCAGACAUGAUCACAGGGCUCAUAGAACGAAUGGCCGGCAAGAAACAGGACAGCGCGUAAAUGCCACAGACUAUAUAAAUGUUAGAGAUGUCAGCCUGUGAUUGGUAGGAAGCUCAAAGGUUUGAUAAGUUAAGAACUUCUUGGUUGGAUAUUGUCGCUGGUUUUGAGUCUGGAAUAGUCGGGUUUGAUUUGGAUAAUGUUUGAUUUUGGAACUCAUGAUGUGUUUGACUAUGAUGCAGCUAGAAAGGUAAAGCCGAGGCGCUUAUUAACGGCACAGAUAGGUAACACUCAAAUUUCAACGUUAUCGACAUAUUAUUAAGUCAUAUUUUUACUUGUCGCUUAAAAGUAAUGUGCUGAGCCUUCAAUGGGCACCGGGUUUAAAACCAAGUUCUUGUCUUGAGCAUAGAUUAAAAAAAAUAUAUUUGUGUGAAAGCUAUUUAGUUAGGUGGUGGACAACAGAAUAAUCACAACACUAAUUUAUAUUUGUGUGAUUUUAUAAGACUUAUGACUAUAAAUAGGUUAGUAAGGAAAGGUUACUACCAAAACACGCGCUGACAUCUUAUAUUGUAAAUAAUAAUAAAGAAAAUUAGCUAAUAUCAGUUAUUUUUGUAAUUAUGUUUUGAAUGUACAGUCAGCAUCAAAAUCAUUUUAAUUUAUCAAUUAUUUUUUUAUCAGAGCAUCAAAACAAACAAAUUAUUAUUUUCAAAUAAGAGUAUUACAUAGAACAAUUAUAAAUUAAUAACUCCUGUGAUAUCACGAUAUCUUAUUUGCUUGUGAUGCUAACUGUACAAGUAAUAAAAUGGCGUUCGAAGCAAUACAUUUUAUUUUGGUUGUUGUCUAUGGUUUUAAUCAAUCUGUAAGAAGGUGCACCAUUAUUUCACAUUUUGUCUCUUGAAUAUUUGAUUGUGUGACAGGAGAACAAACUCUUAUAAGAUUUAGUGCAUUUUCUUGCAAAUUUAUAAAUGUUUAGUUGUAUUAGAAAAUAGUAUCGAGGACUCGAAUGAGAUAUUAAAAACAUCUGCUGCUAUCUAGAUGAAUAUUAUUUGACUAAACUUCAUCGAGUUCUCGAAAAAUCUAGCCUUUUUCAAACAUGAACUUUCUUAAUAUUCUUAAGAUAAUGUUCUCUUGGUAUUAUUUUAAUAAUUUGACACCUCUCAUUCUGCAUCUAUUUUUUUAUUAAUAUCCAAUUAUAAAAUUACAUGUUUCUAAUCUAAUAUUAAAACAAAUCUCAAGCUAAGUAAGAACUUUUUAUUUUAUUAUUGAUGCAUGACUUCAUGAGUGAAUUAAUUUCUGUAAGUCCGAAAAAGGUUGUCUAUUUAUACCAUAAGUAAGAGAACAUCAUGCAGUUUUAUUUUAAAUAGCAUAGGCAUCUAGAAAAUUCUUAAAAAAUAUAUUUGUGGUGCAUUUUACACCUUGCCUUAGGUUAUAACCAAUUAUAGAUAAUAUUGAUAUAGUUUAACUGCAGAUUUCAAUAAUCAAUCCAUUCGUAUUUUGCGAUUAGAGAUUUAGACAUAAUUUAUAUGAAGCUAUUGU